AUCACGCAAUUCCUCUAUUCCUUUCUACCUACAUUCUUCCUGUAACUAUGAUCUAUGUUAAAGAAUCUGCUUACAUGCUCUACGAUAUAUUAAAAGGGGAUGCGCCUGAAGCACUGCAUAAUUUAUUUACCAAAACGUCUAAUUAUCAUAACUAUGAUACAAGAAUGGUUUCAAAAGAUAACUUAUAUAUCAAUUCUUCUCGUCUGGAAUUACAAAAGCGUUCAUUUUCCAGAGUCGGUACUUUAAUUUGGAAUAGCAUUGAUCUCAAUCUUCACUCAUCUCGUAAACAGACUUUUAAAUCUAAAAUACAUCAAGCUCUUUUAGCCAUACUUCAAGAUCAAAAUGACUAUGUUGAC